AUGGGCGGCUCUAUGUUUUCCGCAGACCUCUCAUGGACCGACGAGUGCGCCGAGACUGUUGGCCAGCGCCGCGAGCGCCGUCUGCGCGGCCGCGAGCACGCCGGCUCGACCCAGAGCUUCCAGUCCGACGACUCGAAGUCCAGCUUCUGGUCGCUUCCCACCCGGCGUAAGAACAAUGCCUCCAAGUCUCCCGCCACGAAAUCCAUCUCCCGCAAGAGCUCCAAGUUAUCUCUGCACGACCACUCUCACUCAAGGCCUCGAGAAGACAGUCUGGACUCCGCCACCGGAUGGUCCCCCCCUGCUCAACUUCCACCUUCACAGUUUCCCAUCAUGCCACUUUUGCCCUCGAUUGAGGAGCCGCGGCACUCCACCACCCGAUCUUCCGUUCGUACCGUGCAACAUGUAGAACCUGAUGGCCACUACAGAGGGAAGCGGAUUAUCGAAGAGUUGGAGUUCCAUGAAAUCCAGCAGUUAAGUGAAGGCUCUUACGUCUCUCGAACAACAACUCGCAGCACCGAGACUUCUUCUCCUUCGGUUUAUGGUCGUCCGGAAGGCUCCUUUCCCAGUCAAUGCACCUUAGAUCAUGGUGCCGCCAGCCCCGCCCACCUUUCUCCACCUAAUGCCGGCCCUAAGUCCACCUGGGAAGCUCCCUCGGAUUGGGACAUUGCCUCUAUACGAUCCUCGCAAAACCGCCAGUCCCUUGAUAGCUCUUUUCUGUGCGACCCCGAUUCUGCAGAGCUAACACAGUUCCAACGUUCUAUUCGUCGCAUGGAGCAUGCCGAUCCGAAGCUCAUUCUCGCACGCUUGAAGGAUGACCCGGCUCCGGGUGUCCUAGCCACUGAUCCGUACGCCGAGGAAGAGCUUGCUGUGGAGAAGCACCUGUGGUGCCUCACAGCAUUGCAACUGCAAAACAUGGAAAAUUCGCUUGUUCCUAAUCAAGGAGUAGGCCCCCUUCUGGGCCUUCCUACGCUCUUCCGUCAGCCGAAGCGAGUCUUGGAGCUUUACAGCAAUAUGGCCGAAGUCUAUCAGCUCUCCGCCAUCUACCCCAAGUCACACAUCUCUUACUUGACCGUGAGCCAACCGCUAGCCAGCAUACCCAUCCCUGCUAAUAUCCAUCCCCUGACCGUGCCCUCGGCUGGCAUGCUGCCCUUCCCUUACCCCUCGGACUCGUUCAACCAUAUCCGAUGCGCUACCCUCCCGUCGCAUGUUCCGUCGUCGAAAAUGCAGCCCGUGCUACGGGAUCUGCUUCGGAUGCUUGCUCCUGGAGGCAUCUUGGAGUUGCGUCUCGUUGACAGCACACCGGUGCGCGCCACUAUGGGUCCAAGACUGCGCGCUUGGUUUGAAGAUCACCUGAUGUUGAACUUGGAAAAAGAAUUCCUUUGCUCACGACCAUUGGCGCUAUUUCCAAUCUGGGUGAAGGACUGUGGCUUACGCGUUCUCGAGGGCGGCAACACAGGGAACGAUCUCGUCAUCCAGCGGCUGCAGUUACCCGCGUGCGCUCGUCCCACUGGAACUGAAUCCAAGCACUCGUCUUAUUAUUCUGCACGGUCGCAUAGCAGUACCAAGCGCAACACGCUCGAAUACAACAUACAAAAGGCCCUGGCCAGCAGCGGUACCGAGGCCCUGGAUUUUGCAGCUCUCUCCGAGGAACCCUCCAAGGACGCCCUCGCUGCUGUGGAGGGAGACCUGGCGGCCCUGGACGCGGAAAUGGCGGCACUAGUAGCCCGCGGGCUGUGGAAAGACUCUUGGGGCUCGCUCGUGGACAGGGGAUCGACAAUGGGCCACGACGUUAUCUGGUGGUGGGAUGAUCCAGAGAUCGUGCGCGAGUGCUGGGAUUACAGCACCGUGUUCGAGUGCGGGACCAUGUUUGCUUUUAAGGAGUGA